AUGGACAUUUCGAAACACGAGUUUACAUUUUACAUGUUCCUUAGCUAUGGCAAAAGCAUCCCCCUCAGCAUUUACAGGGUAAAGCUCGACACCAGCUUGCCACUUUACGCAUGUAAUGCUUUCAAAUACAACUCGUUCGCAAGCUUCGAGAUUCGGCAAGUUGGUUUCCAGCAGCAAGGAAUAGGUUCAAGGCAUGGACAGCAUCGUUAUUUUCGUACCACAUGUGAGGACGAGGCAAGGACGAACUUGUCUCGUGAAGAAAGAACCUUCUCUCUUCUACUUCCUGUACAUGUUUACCAUAUCGUCUACGAGAAUAGGUUGUCAGCCAUUCCUGCAAGUUCAGGCAAGUCUUUAGCAGCUAAGCAGAACCGUAUAUUCUUGCUCUCGACUCUCAUUACCACCUCACCUUCAUCUGUGGUGGUUUCCAAAAUAAUGAAUCCGAAUAGAAUAGCCAACCCUGAAACAGAGCAAAAGGUUAAGACACCACAGCUCGGAGAAUAUAAAAUAUACCAAGCUAACACUUACAAGAAGGAUAAGCAUGAGUUGAUUAGGAAAGAUAAAUAUAUAUAA